AUGAAUAACGCAUCAUCAUCAAUACCAAUAAAUUCAAUUGGUGAAAAUUGUCGAUCAAUUCUUCGAGAACGUUGUCGCAUUGAACAAACUUGUCAUUAUCCUAUUAGCGGAUUUGCCACUUUUUCACAAGAAGAAUGUUCGUCUGAUAAAUAUAAACCUUGUUAUACUACUUCAACAAAUCCAAUUUGUUCAUCAUAUGGUAUCGAGAAUAUUCGAGUACCACUCCUAUGUUGCAAAGAACCAACUUGUUCGAAUACUCUUUCUGGUAUUUCUCCGACGAAAUCAGGUUGUGAUUAUGUCUGUCAUUCAAGUUCUAUUGAUGGAAAUCGAGCUCCAAUGCAACCAAUAUUAAAUAGAGAAACAGGCCAUGUUCAAUAUUUAUCUAUUCCAUCGGAAAAUUGUAUAAAAAUGAUUACAGAUGAAAUUAUUAAUAAUAUACGUUAUAAAAUAGGUGAAGAAGAAAUAGCUCUAUUAUGUUGUUGUCUUCCAUCAUUAAUUCGACAAAUAAUGUCUAAAACUCCAUGGUUAACACCAAAUGAUAUUAUUCGAUGGCUUAGUUCAGAUAUUAUAAAAGAAGCGAUGGAUUGUUUUGAUAAAAAUGACUUGAAUUAUGUAAAUCGAUCUGAUAAAGCAAAAGAAAAUAAUAUGAAUAAAGAUAAAUCUAAAAAAGUGAAUGAUUAUAUUUCAAUGAAAUCAUAUAAAGAUGAUAAUCAUAGUUUAUCAUCAUAUAAAACUAGAAUAAAUAAAACAUCUCAACAUUUUAUUUUAUCACCAAGUUCAUCACAAUCAUUUAUUCAUUUACCAAAUAAUAUUCACAAAAAACAAAACAAAAAUAACAAAAAACCUUCGAAAAUUCAUGAGAAAAAUAAAAUAAAAACUGGUAAACUAUCUAUUGAUUUAUUAAAUAGUAAAGAAAAUAAUGAUAAAAAAUCAAAUAAAUUUAUUCCAUCGACAGAUAUUGAAAAUAAAUCGAAAAAAUCUUCAAUCGAUAUCGAAGAUGAUAAUAAAAGCAUAUCAUCAGAUUCAGAUUUAUCAGAAGAUUCAUUUGAUUCAAAUGAAAAUUUUUAUAGAAAAACUCUUCAAUCAAAUAGUAUAGCAAAAAAACGAGAGAAUCAAUCAUCAUUACAUUAUCCAAUUGAAUAUCCGGGGAAAAAAUAUCAAAAUGCCAGAAAAGAUGUUGAAAAAUGUUUAGAUUUUUAUCAUAAAAUUCGAGAAUAUUUUGACGAUGAUAUUGCUGCUAUGCUUCUUAAAUGUUGUUUAUGUUAUCAACAUUGUUCAACAAAUAAAUAA